GAUACUGCUACACUGGUCUUCAUCACAGCCAUGGCUUUCUGCAAACUUCUGCUAACGGUGUUGGUACUGCUCCACAACAGUGGUGGUCUACUGGGAAAUGAAGUGAGGAGCUCCAUCAUUGGUGCAGAGGAUGCUCAAAAGGAAAGAUGGCCAUGGAUGGUCCACCUUAACAUGACAUCUAGUGGAUCGAAUAGGGUGAAAUGGCGCUGUGGCGGCACCAUCGUUGCAAAACACUGGGUGCUGACUUCUGCACACUGCCUGGCUAACAAUCCUGAUCAUCGUCGAUCGUUCGUUACUGUCGGCGCAUAUCAGCUGCAAAAGGCGGCUAAAAGCUACAUGGCUAUAGCUAAUUUUGUCCCUGAGUUUGACUACCAAGACCUGGGCAACGGCAACUACAAAAAUGACAUUGCUCUGAUCAAGCUGAAGAACCCGAUUCAGUUUUCGAAAGAUGUUGCACCAGUGGAUCUGCCUGACAAGGAUGACACCUUUGGUCCAUCAGCUGAGUGUUGGAUCACUGGCUGGGGGGAAGUGGGAAAUGGUGUUCCACUGAAAGAUCCAGAAACACUUCAGCAGCUCAAGAUUUCCAUCAUCUCUCAGAGUACCUGUAAGGGGAGGUUUCCUCAGAUAGCCCCUAAUACACUAUGCACAAGUGACAGCAUGGGUAGGGGUGCCUGCAAAGGAGACUAUGGUGGUCCACUGGUGUGCCGUAAAGGGGGGAAAUUCGUUCAGGUGGGAAUCAUGAGUUCUGGUGGUUGUGGCUCCAACGACCGGCCUGGUGUCUGUACUGAGGUUGCAAAGUAUCUGACCUUCAUAAAUGACUACAUCCACCGUACUAAGAAAGCUCCAGCUGAGAUGUGAACUCCCCAGAAACCGACACUGCCCGCUGUACUCAUCUGAUAACCUGUCUUACUUUUAGCUUCUUUCCUGUAAAGCACUGUCACUCCAUGUUAAUGGUAGCUGACUGUGGUUCAGUUAACAGACUUCUUUGCAUUAAAGCUUUAAAGCAUCA